GGCUCGUUUGCGGGCAAACGUCACUUAACGAAGCUGUGUGAACAUUCUGCUAUAAAGUAUGCUACGCGAACGAAUCUUCUUACAGUGGUAAUCAUGGUUCAGAUAGCGAUGAAAAUACAAGGAUCCCCAGAGCAGAGCUGUCCAGAAUGGGUGAUAGUUGACCUUCAGGGUAACCUUGAGACACGACAAGCUGUACCCUUGAGUGGCAAGUUCAUUGGUGAUCUUCACUUUACUCAGAAGAAUGUUCCAGUUCUCAUUAUUGGUCACCACAUUCUCUAUGGCAAAGUUGUGGACAUGGAGAAGCCCUUUGCUGUUUUGUCUAAAUCCACACCUAGGUCACUUGACCAGUCAGAGGUUAAAGAAUCAAGUUACAUUGUUAAAGCCAUUAUCAAGAAAAGACUGUUAUUCAAAACUCGACCAAAACCCAUUAUUGCUCAUGUUCCAAAAACUGUGUAACACAUUUUUCAAAUUCAUACUAUUGUAAAUAUAUAACUAUGUGUUGUUAAUAAAUCAAG